AUGUGUUUUAAGACGUUACUUCAAGCAGGUGACAGUGAUAAAAAUACUCCACUUCAUAUUGCUGCUAGAAUGAAGAACGAAGAAAUUUUUGAAUAUUUAUUAAAACGUGGCAGGGAGUUGAAAAUUUCUAGUUCGAAAGGUAAGGAAGAAAAUAACAUAUAUGGAGUAACCGAACCACGGAAUUGGCUCGGACAAACACCAUUGUUUGAAUGUGCAAAAUAUAACAGAAAAUCAUUUAUGGAAAAACUAUUGUCAGAACAACCUAAUUCGAGCAAAUGGACGAAAAUACUUGAUCAAUUAAAAGAUCAAAAUCAAAUGACAUGCCUACACAUAGCAUGUUAUAACGGUAGUCUGGAUAUUGUUAAAUAUCUUACUACUUUGCAUCAGAUUUCAAUUAAUCCUUAUGCAAGUACUCGACAGACACCAUUGUAUGGAGCUUGCGAAGGAGGCUUUAUUGACGUUGUACGGUAUCUACUUGAUUAUACAGAUGCCAAUCCUACAAUAAGAACAGCCAAAGGUUACAAUUGUCUUGAUAUUGCUAUCGCAAGACACCAUCAUGAAAUUGUCAAACGUCUAUUGGAAUAUCCCGAAUGGCGUACUUUAAUGGAAAGUGUUCAAUAUGAAGACAGUGAUGUACCCAUUACGCCUAUGCGACGGUUGAUCAUAUCUAUGCCGGAAAUUGCCUAUGAACUUAUUGAUAAACAUUUUACAACGAUUAUUGGAGAUGCUGAUCAACCGAAACAUUUAAUUAAAUAUGACUACACAUUUAUUGAUGAUCAUUACAAUAUUUGUGAUUGGCAGUUCGAUGACCUUGUUGACAAGCCUGGGUCAAAAUUGAGCAAAUGGUAUAAAUCUAUAUUAACUAAGGUAAGCAUACCUGAUCGUCGUCAUCCAUAUACACCAAGUGCAUACACGCUACUUCGUAAUCAUCCUCUAAUGCUGAUGUCACAAUGUAGCCAAGAAAAAUUAAUAACACACCCAUUAUGUUUGGCAUUACGCAAAGCGAAAUUUCGGCGAUUUAGUCGCUGGAUACUUCUCUUAUCCUUUCUUAGCUAUAUUAUGUUUAUGGCUUUGUAUACUAUUGUUGUUCUUCAAACAAUUCAUCCACAACAUUACUAUGAUCUUUAUAAUUCAUCUGGAAAUGCUUCAGGUCAAAACAUCGAGUGGGAUUAUGGAUUCAAUAGUGACGUCUGUCGACGAGUAGGAAUUUAUUUAAUCGAAUCAGGAAAUACUGAUGCACGAAAGACGACAAAUCAAGAAAGAUAUUUAUUGAUGCUCGAUGUUUUAUUAAUUAUAUUUGUGAUUAAAAAUGGAAUUUUUAUAUUAGCUUCAUUUCCACGUUUUAUUCGUAAAAUAGCAUACUAUACAGAAGCACUUGCUCUAGUAUUGGUAUACGUGUGUAUCAGAGACGAUAAUUCAUGGCAAAGUUCUCUUAACUUUCGAUGUCCAAUUCAAUGGGAGCUAGGUUCAAUUGGUCUUCUAUUAUCUUGGUUGGUAUUCCUUUCAUAUAUGCGUUAUAUUCCUUGGAUGGAUAUUGGUCUAUAUGUUGUCAUGCUCAAUGUAAUCCUUUUAAAAUUUCUUCGAGCAAUACCUCUUUUAAUGGUACUCUUCUGUGGUUUUGGUUUUACUUAUUAUAUGCUAUUACAAUAUCAAACUGUUUAUGGGACUCCAUUUGAAGCAAUUUUUCGCACAGCAUUGAGUCUAUUCGAUUUAGGAUAUGAAAGUCGACUUUAUAAUCCACCAACUGGUGUUAUGUAUUAUCCUGUCGUCUAUUUUGUUUUCAUUCUAACUCAAAUUAUUCUAACUAUUCUUAUGACAAAUAUGUUGAUUGGUUUGGCUUUGGGAGAAAUUCCAACAUUGAAAACACAGGCGACACUUCUACGGAAUAAGAUGAUGUAUGAACUCUUCUUUGAUUAUGAAAUUUUUCAUCUUCAAUUGAAAACAAUAGUACGAAUUAUUUUAUAUUUCUUAAUGUGCCGUGUAUGUCGUCGACGUUCGAAUUCAAGUACUCAGUCACAUCACAUCCGACCCUCUUUCAGCCUAUUUGAAACUCAUGUAAACGAUGAAAUCAUCGAUGAUCAAUCAUCAGAUACUGCCAGCUUAGUAAAGAAAUAUUUUAAAUGGUUCCGAGAUACUAUUACAGAAGAUGAUAUUCAAUCAUUGAUAAUGGUUGAGAGAAAUUACCAAUAUUAUCAUAAAGAAAUGCAUACGGGGAAAGACCAAGCGAACUAA